AUUAUAAUAUCAUGUCCUAAGCUUUACAAAUCUAUUUCUUUUAGAUUUCAUGUACCAACUCCACCUUUUGUUCGGUCGGUAAUCCUCAAUUAUUGUGUAUACUAUUACUUUUCUUCACUUGCAACUGAAAGAAAUGGAGCCAUCAAAGACUUCUUACUUGAUUCUAUAUCUCAUCCUCAUUAUUUCGAUCCCCAAAUUAGUCUCAGCUCAGUUCGCAUUCCGCCACAGUUGGUGCGGCGGCGCGAAUUACGCAUCCAACAGCACGUACCAAUCCAACCUCAGAUCAGUCCUAAACUCUCUAUCCACAGACAACCGAAUCACGUCCGGCUUCUACAACUUCACCGCGGGCCGAGGUCUCGAUCGAGUUAACUCCAUAGUCGUAUGCAGAGGCGAUGUUCCGGUAGGGACGUGCCGGGUUUGUGUAAGAGACUCAGCUAACUCAAUCCCUCAGAGUUGUCCUAACCAAAGAGAGGCACUUGGGUAUAGUCAAUAUUGCACAAUUUAUAUCUCAAACCGCGCUAUAUACGGCAUUGUGCAAGACGAGCCACGAUGGUAUCUAGUGACGAGUGAAAACGUGACCGGUGUUGUUGGGUUUAACCAAACACUCUCUUCUUUAAUGGUUUCCUUGCAGAAUCGAGCUGCUUUGGGUAAUUCCGAGCUAAAAUUUGCUACCGGAGCGGUUAAUCUUACCGGCGGUGGAGGUCAGAGGUUAUAUGGGCUUGUGCAGUGUACUCCAGAUUUGUCUAGGCUAAGUUGUGUACAAUGCAUUCAAGGGUCACUUUCUCUGCUCCCAACAUGUUGUAUUCAACCUACUUAUACUGCUUCAGGGGUAUCCAUUGUCAUACCAAGUUGCUUUGUUCGGUAUGAACUCUUCGAUUUCUUAGCAAAUGUGCCUGAUUUAACUCCGCCGCCGUUACCUCCAUCACCAGAACCUGCAUCGCCACCAAACAAUGGCAAUACAACAACUACAGCAGAACAAAAUUAUGUGUUUGUAGCUAGAAGAAGCACAAAACCUGUCAAUCCCAGUGUUAUUGCCAUCCCAAUUGUUGUCGCGACAACACUCAUUGUCGUGGUAGUCCUUUGCAUCACAAUAAGGAAGAAGAAGCUGAGCAACUACUGGAAGGUGAAAUUUACUAAAGAUGAAAUUGAGACCCUUCAGUCUUUGCAGUUCAGUUUGGGGACUAUUAAACAUGCAACAGGGGAUUUUUCGGAUGAGAAUAAGCUCGGAGAAGGUGGAUUUGGCAUUGUUUACAAGGGUGAGCUUGCUGACGGGCAAGAGCUCGCAGUAAAGAGGUUGUCGAGGAAUUCAGUGCACGGAGACUUACAGUUCAAAAAUGAAGUUUUGAUACUGGCGAAACUCCAACACAAGAACUUGGUGAGGCUUCUAGGAUUUUGCCUUCAGGAAGAAGAGAUGCUUCUCAUCUAUGAGUGUGUUGCCAACAGAAGCCUUGAUUACUUCAUAUUCGAUCCUGUUCAGCGUGAGUCUAUAAGAUGGGAAACACGAUACAAAAUUAUCUAUGGCACUGCUAGAGGGCUACUCUACCUCCAUGAAGAGUCAAGAACACGAAUCAUUCAUCGUGACCUAAAAGCAGGGAAUGUACUCCUAGAUGAAGAAUUUAAUCCUAAAAUUGCAGAUUUUGGUAUGGCAAGGCUCUUUAACAUUGAUCAAACUCAAACAUUUGCAAGUAGAAUUGUCGGUACCUAUGGAUAUAUGGCACCAGAGUACGCACUCCAUGGACAAGUAUCAAUGAAGACCGAUGUCUUCAGCUUUGGUGUACUCGUCCUAGAGAUUGUAAGCGGACAAAGGAUUAGCUCGUUUUCAAAUGGAGAGAAUCCCGAAAACCUUCUUAGCUUUGCUUGGAAGAAUUGGGUAAAUGGCACACCUUGGAAUGUGGUGGAUACUACAUUAUCAACUGGUUUUAGCACAAACAUAUUGAGAUGCAUCCAUAUUGGUUUACUAUGUGUACAAGAGAAUCCAGCAGACAGGCCGGUUAUGUCGUCGGUCGAUCUUAUGUUAAGUAGACAUUCUCUUACCCUUCAAGUGCCAUUACAACCUGCAUUCUUCAUAGAGAGCAUCUCCCAAGGAAUUACUACAACUCAGUCGAUCACCGGACAAGAAAGAUAUUCAAUCAACGACGUUACCGUGACAGAGGCGUACCCUCGAUAGAAGUUGAUAUCGGCUUUGAACAAUAAGAAAUAUUUGCAAAUUAUUUCCCUUGACAAAAAAUGUACAUGUACUUAUUACUGCACCAUGCUCACUGUCUUUCUAAAUUGCGUAAACAUGUGAAUAGGUAAGUUUUUCCAUGACAUAUUUUGUCUAUUUGUUUCGUAUAGAAAAUUUUGAAUGUAAUUUAUCCGUUUACAAAAAUUUAUGUAGCCGGUUACAUAUACAACACCAACUUCUUACCAAAUAGUUAUAAUUUUUUAUCAAAUAGUUACUCAGUGUAAUCAAAUAGUUAUAUUCUAUAUAUUGCAUUCUCUGGUCAAUAGUUUACUUUCUAACCAAA